CUGGGGCAAACUUAAAAGCGGCAGCAAAUUUUCUAUCGUUGAAUGCAAAUCGUGGGCAUUGUGACCAUGGCGAAGAGAUCGAGUUUGGACGAAUUUUCAGCGGAAUACUCGAAGGUAACAAAACUUGACAGGGAUCCUGAACAUCCAAGAAAUCUUAUUCCUGAGCUAUGCAAGCAGUUUUAUCACCUGGAUUGGGUUACAGGAACUGGAGGAGGGAUCAGUAUCAAAUAUGGCAAUGAAAUCUUCAUUGCACCAUCAGGAGUGCAGAAGGAAAGGAUAGAGCCUGAAGACAUGUUUGUGUGUGACAUGGAUGAAAAUGAGCUUUGUUCUCCUCCUCCAGAGAAGAAACUCAAGAAAAGCCAAUGUACUCCUUUAUUUAUGAAUGCCUUCACAAUGAGAGGAGCUGGAGCAGUGAUUCACUCGCACUCCAAGCACUGUGUUAUGGUCACUCUACUGUACCCUGGAAAGGAAUUCCGCAUCACUCAUCAAGAAAUGAUUAAAGGGUUGAAGAAAGGUACAACAGGUGUGAAUUACAGAUAUGAUGAGGAGCUUGUUGUUCCUAUAAUUGAAAACACACCAGAGGAACGAGACUUGAAGGAAAGUAUGGCAAAGGCCAUGGAGCAGUAUCCAGACUCUUGUGCAGUCCUUGUACGUCGACAUGGAGUGUAUGUCUGGGGAGAUACAUGGCAGAAAGCAAAAACAAUGUGUGAGUGUCUGGAUUACUUGUGCGACAUUGCUGUACAGAUGAAGAGUCACGGACUGGAUCCUACAAAAAAACCAAAACCCAGGGAAGAUAUGGACAAUGGGAUCUUAUAGAAGGACAUCUGUUUAAACUGGUUUACAUUGUUGACCAUACAAAUAUUUGUAGCUUUAUGGUAAAUUUGGCCAGGAGAUACCAGUACAUCAUGCAUACAGGCAGCAAGGUGGUGGUUCUGAGUGCAAGGGCUUGUGGGAUACGUGAUAAUGAUGAUGAUGAUAAACUUUUAGUAUGAAAAAGGGUUUCCUACAAAGAAAUUUAAUAAUAAUGGUCAAAUGAAAUUAUUUCAUUUAAGAAAGCCUAAAUACGGUAGGUUGUAAAUAUAUCAAGAGUUCCAAACUGCAAGAAUACAAGUGAUGAAUUUAAAUAAAAU